AUGCAGGGGAAGUGCCGGCACGGAGGAGACUCCGUCGGCUGCGCAAGAGCUGAGCCACAAAGAGGCUCCGGAAGGCUCCUGGACGUUUCUAACUCAACCCACAGACCGCUCAAAGCCCAAGUGGGCAUCCGUGACCACUGGACCAAGACAGACAGCCCCGUCCAGACCUCACUCCGCGAGCUGCAGGAGCUGCUCGGCCGCACGGUCGUGGUGGAGCCAGAAUGGCCGCUCCUCGUCGCCGAGCUCGAUACCUUCUACGCCGACAAGACCAACCUCGUCGCCGCGGUUGCGGGCUGUAUCCGGGUGUGGGCAAAGAGCAUGGCGGAGCUGCUCGAUGACGCGGCACACGCCGAUUGGGCCGAAGAGAUCGUUGUGAAGGCCAGCGUGAGGAUGAGCGUGUUCAUAGAAGUCAACACCUCGGCCAACGCGGCCACGGCGUGGUCGGAGCAGCGCGGCGGAUUCGUGGUCAGCUUGCCAAAGAAGCAGGUAUAUCAACCGACAGAGCUAUUCCCUAUCUUUCGGCAGGAGCUGCUGGCGUGUUUCGUCAAAAAAGAGAGGCUCCAGCUGCCGGAAAGCAAGGCGGUAGCGGGGGCAGAUGACUGGGAAGGCGUCGAGCUCGACAAAACCACGGGCAAGGUGGAGGUGAUUGAAGCUCCGACAAGAACCCUGGCGUCAAGACCCGAGCUCGAGUUCAUGCCUGAUGUGGCCUCCCUACCGCGCCCCGACCAACUCUUCCUCCGACCACCCUACCAUCUCACCCUGUUCCCAGGCCGCCAGAAAAUCGAGAUACAGGGCAGUCAUAGCCCGAGCUUAGAAUUCCUUGCGGCGUAUCUAAAGCGAUGGUGCCGACUAAACCACGCCGACACGAGGAAUCCACCUGCCGUCCAGAUAACGCUACACCAGUCCGCCUUUGGGUUAGGCGAAAUGUUUGACCGCUUGACGCUUAACACCGAGGCAACAAGGUACACCAACGGGUUUACUGUAACGUCCCCGAUGAUUGUAUCCCUCAUCGAGGGAACGUUGGGGUACAAGUUGAUCUCGACGGAGGGCGGAUGGAACUUUCGAAGAGAUACGGAGUUCAAGGCAUUGUAG